AUGGCGCAAUGGGUGCUGGCGACGGUGCUGGGCGUCGUGUGGGCGAUCAGCCUGCUCUACAGCGAAUGGAUUCAGUUCUGGUUACGACCGCCCAGCUGCUCCACGUGGCCCGACGAGAGCGUUCAGGUGAGUGUUCGGGUGAAGUUUCAGUUGAAUGUUCCAGUGCUCGGCGUCGUGUGGACGAUCAGCCUGCUCUACAGCGAGUGCAUUCAGUUCUGGCUUCGGCCGCCCAGCUGCUCCACGUGGCCAGACGAGAGCGUUCAGGAGGAGUGGUGGGAAACAAGUGGUCUUCUUACAACGAAUAGAUUUGAAGUGCUCCUGGUGGCUGGGUGCAGUAUUCAAGUUGAGGGUCAGUACAUUCCUCCCAAGGAAUACAAGACCAUUGCAGUCAUCAGCAGUCCAAAGCUCCUCCCCAGCACAGCCCUGCACGCCCAGUUCAUCACGGCUCGCCUCCGCAAUGACCUCUACCUUCGCCGGGCCUUCCGAGCCUCUGUUCUCCGGUUCUCCCCGAGCCUCGUCGUCACGCUUGGAGACCUCUUCCAAUCCGGAGCUGACGCUACCUACCCUCUCUUCCGAGCAGAAGCGAGCCGCUACCACCACGAGAGUCUGGGAGUGGGUGCAGGGAGGGCUGUGGUGGGGAGUUGGCAUCUGGGGGAGGGGGGAGUGAAUGUGCACAUGCGCACGGAUUUGGCUCAAGUGGCGGGAGAGAGGGACGUGGGAUUCAGCAGCACACAGAGAAAGCAGCACGAGCUCGCAGUGCGCUUUGAGCGGUAUGUUGGUGCCCUGAAUUUCCAUGACAAGGUGGGGGCGGUGAAGGUGGUGGGGGUGAAUGGCCUGGCGAUGGACGGGCAUCGGCAGCGCAACAACAGCACGAAGCAGCUGGAGGAAUUCCUGCAGAGCCUUCCGGAUCAUGGUGAGAUGAUGUGCUAUACUCCCUCAAGCCAUCGGCAGCGCAACAACAGCACGAAGCAGCUGGAGGAAUUCCUGCAGAGCUUGCCGGAUCACGGUAUGAUGAAUUUCCUGAAGGUGGGGAUGGUGGGCGGUAGUGGAUUGCCAGUGCAACAGCAGCACACAGUAUAG